AACGGCGCGAAGCGUUCGUCCGGUCUCGAGCUGGGACGAAGCCCGCCCCGGAACGUGCUCCGAGAUGCUGUGGACAAGCAUCGAGCUCCAAUAGACGAGCAGAACAGAAGGUCUCGUGCAGAAUUGAGUCUCGUGGGCAGAUGUGUUGUCUUGUCUCCUUUUGUGGUGUCAGCAGCAAACAAUUUUCCGGGCAAUUUUCCACCAGCGCCCUGCUCAAAGAACAGCAUUUAAAUCCCCAGAUCCUCCGUCAAACCUCAAUGACGGCACCGGCCACUGCAUUUAACCGCCGCGACCCGCAUGCAGUAUAUCUGCCGUGCUAAGGUUCAUUUCGCUUGCCGUUCGCUCCUCUCUGCAUCUUUCUGGUUCUCGAAACGGUAAUAUUUCAAUUCGCAGCGACCAAGGGCAGCACCCAGCCAGCAUCAGGUCGAGAUGCUGCUACCCUUUAUUCUCCUCUGCGCCAUCGCCUCGUGCGUCGCGCUCUGCGCCAUCGCCUCUUGCGUCGCGCUCUUCGUCUUGCUGCCGUCGAGAUUCAGGCGGUCCCCGCAAACGGUGCUGGAGUCAAAGCCAAAUGUCUCGGUGCAGGUUCUGGUCCUAGGCGACAUCGGGAGGAGCCCGCGCAUGCAGUAUCAUGCCAUGAGUAUUGCCAAACACGGCGGACGGGUCGACCUCAUCGGCUACCAAGAGACUACCCCCCAUCCCGCGCUGCUUGGCCAUCCAAAGAUCAAGAUCCACUCGCUGGAUCUCCCUCCACGGGUGCUGCGUUCCAAAUCCAUCCCCUUCAUUAUCUCAGGUCCUCUCAAGGUUAUCUGGCAAGUCUUCACCCUCGUCCAUGUCCUGGGCUAUGAGGCCCCUCCUGCGCAAUGGCUGCUCAUCCAGAACCCGCCGUCGAUCCCGACCCUAGCGAUCGCGGCCAUCAUAGCCAGGUGUCGUAACACACGCCUCCUCAUUGACUGGCACAACUACGGCUGGACCAUCCUGUCCGGCACGCGGGGGGCGGGGCAUCCCUUCGUGUUCGUCUCCAAGCUCUAUGAGUGCUUCUUUGGCCGUGCCGGCAGCGCCAACCUCACCGUGACGCACGCUAUGGCCCGCCAGCUCCGGGAGAAGCCGUACCGCAUCAGGUCCCCAAUCGUGACCAUGCACGACCGGCCCCCGGACAUCUUCCAGCCCAUCAACAACCCCACGACGCGGCUCGACAUCCUGGCCCGCGUGCUCGAGUCCCGCGAGCUCGCCGCCGCCGUCGUGGACGGCUACGUGCGCCUCGUCGUCAGCAGCACCUCGUGGACGCCCGACGAGGACUUCAACCUGCUGCUCAGCGCCCUGGUGCAGUACGCCAACGACACGCAGCGGAGCAGGCCGUUGUCGUCGUUGUCGUUGUCGUCGUCGUCGCCGCCGCCGCCGCCCACGCCCGUGGUCGCCGUCAUCACGGGCAAGGGCCCGCAAAAGGCCAUGUACGAGGGCAAGAUCGCAAAGAUGAUGGCCGACGGCCUGGUCCCCGGCGUCGCCAUCCGCACUGCCUUCUUGUCGUACGAGGACUACGCCGCCCUGCUGGCCUCGGCCGACCUGGGCGUCUGCCUCCACAUGUCGAGCUCGGGCGUCGACCUGCCCAUGAAGGUCGUCGACAUGUUCGGCGCCGGCCUGCCCGUCGUCGCCUACUCCGGAUACGAGAGCUUCUCGGAGCUGGUCAAGGAGGGCCACAACGGCUGUGGCUUCGAGACGGCCGGCGAGCUGGCUGCCUGCCUGGUGCGCCUACUCGGGGUUGAUGGGCAGGCCGAGCUGGCUGCCCUCCGCAGGGGUGCGACUCAGGAGGGGAGCCGACGUUGGGAUGAGGAGUGGGACACGUCUGUUGCGCGGAUUCUGGGGUUUGUCUCUGAGUAGUCCGUGUCUUUCAAGGGGGUUCCCCAUACCUGGGUUUCUAUGAGCCUGCGGCGAUGAGUUUUUUUGAACGCUGCCUCCCUGGGUGGUAGUGCGGAUAAGCCAUGUGUCGCCCACUGUGACCAGGACAAUGAAUAUACAAGAAAAGAGAGAAAAAGGAACCAAUUUAUACUGAAGGCGCGCUAAUUUUGAUUGUCCGAGACACGCCUCCCGCUGUGCCAAUACCCCGCAAACUCCAGAAACGCCGGUUCGUCGUGCG